AGCCCUUGACAGAGCUUUUGUGGAAACGCGCAUGGCUCGCUCGUCUUCCCGGCAGCUGGAGAAAUAAAUGUGCAAGAGGGGCAAGGAAGCGGGAGAGGAGCCCAGCUCUUCCGGUUUAAAAAUUGAGCUGCCUGAGAGCUCAACGCAUUUUUUUUUUUGAAACAGCUGAGGCUGGCCAAGGAAAAAGUGAUCGGUUGCUUUCUUAGAAGCUCCCAUGCACACCUCUCCCAGAUCCCUGGAAAGCUUGCAGCAUGCCCUUGGAGACUGCCAGAUGGAAAUUUAGAAUAUGAAAAAGGAUAGCAUGUCAAUUACUCUGUGAUAUUCUGAAAUAAAGGGGACUUAAAAGGAUGUUGGACAAUCCUAGUUAUCACUCUUCUAGCUGUCUUGUUGUCAUUGUGGACUAAUCUUUAGUGAGGUGUGGAAGAAAAUGUCAGUCAGCAUGCAUGAGAAUCGCAAGUCGAGAGCCAGCACUGGCUCUAUUAAUAUAUACUUAUUCCAUAAGUCUUCUUAUGCCGAUAGUGUCCUCACUCAUCUGAACCUUCUCCGCCAGCAACGCCUUUUUACAGAUGUGCUUCUCCAUGCUGGGAACAAGUCCUUCCCUUGCCACAGAGCUGUCUUAGCUGCUUGCAGUCGUUACUUUGAAGCCAUGUUCAGCGGAGGACUCAAGGAGAGUCAAGCCAGUGAAGUCAACUUCCAUAACUCCAUACACCCAGAGGUUUUAGAACUUCUCCUGGACUAUGCUUACUCUUCAAGGGUCAUCAUCAAUGAAGAAAAUGCAGAGUCUCUUCUAGAGGCAGGUGACAUGCUGGAGUUUCAAGACAUUAGAGAUGCUUGUGCAGAAUUCCUAGAGAAGAACCUUCAUCCUACUAACUGCCUUGGCAUGCUGCUUCUAUCAGAUGCUCACCAGUGCACCAAGCUUUAUGAGCUGUCUUGGAGGAUGUGCCUUAGCAACUUCCAGACCAUCAGCAAAAGUGAAGAUUUUCUACAGCUCCCCAAAGACAUGGUUGUACAGCUCCUGUCUAGUGAAGAACUAGAGACUGAAGAUGAGCGGUUAGUGUAUGAGUCUGCCAUGAACUGGAUUAACUAUGAUUUAAAUAAACGCCACUGUUAUCUACCAGAACUGUUACAGACUGUGAGGCUGGCUCUCCUGCCAGCCAUCUAUCUAAUGGAGAAUGUAGCCACUGAAGAACUUAUUACCAAACAACGGAAGAGCAAAGAGAUUGUAGAAGAAGCAAUAAGGUGCAAAUUGAAGAUUUUACAGAAUGAUGGCGUAGUCACCAGUUUGUGUGCAAGGCCUCGAAAAACUGGCCAUGCCCUGUUUCUUUUGGGAGGACAAACCUUUAUGUGUGACAAGUUGUACCUGGUUGACCAAAAAGCAAAGGAGAUCAUUCCAAAAGCUGACAUUCCAAGCCCGAGGAAAGAGUUCAGUGCAUGCGCUAUUGGCUGUAAAGUCUAUAUUACUGGUGGCCGGGGAUCUGAGAAUGGAGUCUCUAAAGAUGUUUGGGUGUAUGAUACGCUUCAUGAAGAGUGGUCCAAGGCUGCUCCCAUGCUAGUUGCUCGGUUUGGUCAUGGUUCUGCUGAACUCAAACACUGUCUUUAUGUUGUAGGAGGGCACACAGCAGCCACUGGUUGUCUUCCAGCAUCUCCCUCUGUAUCUUUAAAGCAAGUAGAACAAUAUGACCCUGUGACAAACAAAUGGACGAUGGUUGCCCCACUUCGAGAAGGCGUAAGCAAUGCAGCAGUAGUCAGUGCAAAGCUGAAACUAUUUGCUUUUGGUGGUACCAGUGUCAGCCAUGAUAAGCUACCCAAAGUUCAGUGUUAUGACCUGUGUGAAAACAGGUGGACAGUUCCAGCCACCUGCCCCCAGCCGUGGCGAUAUACAGCUGCAGCUGUUCUGGGUAACCAGAUUUUUAUUAUGGGUGGAGAUACAGAAUUCUCUGCAUGCUCAGCUUAUAAAUUCAACAGCGAAACCUAUCAGUGGACUAAAGUGGGAGACGUGACAGCGAAGCGAAUGAGCUGCCAUGCAGUAGCAUCUGGAAACAAGUUGUACGUCGUUGGGGGUUAUUUUGGUAUCCAGAGAUGCAAGACGCUAGAUUGCUAUGAUCCCACAUUAGAUGUGUGGAACAGCAUAACCACAGUGCCCUACUCACUUAUUCCCACUGCAUUCGUGAGCACAUGGAAGCAUCUCCCUUCUUAACUGCAUGCGUGCCUAUACAGUUUAUUCCAUUAUUUGGUGAAGAAACAUUGGAGCCAACUGUGGAGAUGCAGUUUGAAUGAAGAAAAACUCAUCCUGUUCUAUUAUUAUUAUUAUAAUUAUUAUUAUUGUUAUUAUUAUUAUUAUUAGUUUGAAGAAAAUCUUCUGCACCUUCUAAAUUCAUAAAGCUGGAAAUGAAGGAAUGGGAGCGGAAUAGUGUCUUCAGUAUAUUACAUGGUUUAAUGAUGAAUGAAUGAACCUAUGAUCUGGUCCCUGUGUCAGUAAUUGUGGAUUAAUGUCAAGUUUAAUCAGCCUUUCAAAGCAGGGGUGUGGGGUGUGUGUGUGGACUUUCCCGAGCUGCACAACACAGCACAACCCAUUUCCAUGGACUUUGCUGUUUGUAUGCAGAAUUUGAAAUGCUUGUCACCUCUCUUUGUGACAGUUUGAAGCGUCAGCAGCAGCUGCAGAGGAAGGGGGCCAGAUCUGGCGCAGCAGCAACAGCAGCAAGAUGUAUGUCUUUGUGAAGGAAGAUGCAGCUGUAUUCCUUGGAACAGGGAUAAGCUUGUUUUCUUCAGCAGUGCCUGGAGCAUCCGUUUAAAUUGCAGAGUUGUGGCAAGUGACCUAUUACUUGCAAAGGAGCAGGAGCUCUGCUAUUAACAAAAAAGGAAAAAAAAAGGAGGGGGGAGAUGGCAACUUUUGUGGGUGAAGGGAAAUAACUCUCCCCUACCAAGCAUUUGAUUUCUUCUUGUAUUUAUUAAUUGCCAGUGUCCUGCUCCAGAAUUGUUACUUGUUGUAGAUAUAGCUAUUUAUUGUUCAGUGCUUGCAUGCUGAAACAAAUGCCUAGAGUUGUCUUCAUGUUAUAAGGGCUUAUGUGGGUUGUAUGUUUUGCACAUUUUGUGAUUUCUGGACUUGUUAUGCUGCACAAGAAGAAAACUGAGUACUACGGGAGGAGAGAAGAAUGAGAUGGAGGAAGGACCGAAAUGGAAAAAAAUGACAUGGAGCCUCUUAAAUUGUGUAUGUCCUGAAGGAAGAUACAUGGAGGUCACUUUCUCAGGCCAAUUGUACCCUAGGUUACAAGUGGCAGGGCUUUGCUGAUAGUAUUCCCAUCACCCUGUCUUUGCCUAGUCAUGUUUUUUUUUUUUUGAAUGAACUCAUCUGGAAACUCUCAUAGUCACUUAAUAGCUUUCUUUUUGUGCAGCUUCAUCACUACUGGAAAGGGAGGGUGGGAAGGGGGAAACCAGCAGAAUUUAUUUUCACAAAGCCCUGUUCAUGGCAUUAUCCAACAUUUGGUUUGUUUAUUUAUUUAUUUAUUUUUUAGCUGAUGGGAUGUUAUUGGACCAAGAAAAGACUUUCUCAUUCAGAGAUCUGAAACAAGACAAAUCAGUAGGAGAAUGUUUGUUGUUCCUUUUUUUAAAAUAAAAUAAAAUAAAACAA